AUGAGUCGAAGAAGGGCUGAAUCACUGAAAUCAGCGUUACCUCUUCCUGUUGGAAGUAAACCUCAGGUACCGGACGACAGAAAACCACUGCACAACUACAAGGACAGCGGUAUUGUUCUUUUAUCCCUCGCUCAAUCGCGUCAAGCAUGGACUUCUUCAAUAUUUACAAAGUUCUCACAUAAGCACGAAAUUGAAUAUAAACCACAUUUACCGGAAAAUACAAAACCAAAUCCGACGAUAACUUCGCUGGGAAAGUGUCAUAUCAAUAUAGGACCGCAUACUUUUUAUGAUACAAGGAUUUUAGAGGUGAUUUAUGAGAAAGAAGAGCUACCUGCUCUUCCUGCAUCAGUGCCACAACAACUCCAACUAAAUCCUGAACCAGAGUCAUCAUCGUCGAAACCGUCAACUUCUUUAUCUUCUUCAAAAAUUGCAACAAUAACAUCAGCAUCCGCAACUCCGACAGGUUCUUUGGUACAAAACGCGGAGCAGCAGCAAAGAUCAGUACCACCACCCACGCCAAUAUCAAUACGUCCGCAACCAAUAGCUCCGAAUAUACAAUUACCACCGCAACCACAAUCCACGCAACCUGUGGCACCUUUGCCUGCCUCGCCUGCAACUACAUCUACUACACCUUAUACUUCUACAUUCUCAUCUGUUUUACCAUCAAACGUGGCAGCAGCAGCAACAUCAUCAUCAUCACCGACGACGACGAGUACCACAUCAUCUGUUACCAAUGGAAAUAUUAAUCCUUCCUCUAAUCAAACUACAAAUAUUAAUACAAAUCCCCAACAAGCAACUCCACAGCUUACGUCUUUUAUGCAAACUGUUUUACAAUCAGUAAAUCCAACUCAAAUUCUUGCACUACAAGCACUUCUUCGGCAACAGCAAUCAGGCAGCCCUUUAAAUUUGGAACAACGUAAUGCUCUUCUUCAACAAUUGACUGCACUCCAUCAACUAUUAAGCUCCACUCAACAUCUUCAACCACAAGUCAAUGUUCCCGCAUCUCAAAUACUCCAGUCACCACAACCGAUUGCUCCAACUGCACAAAUCCCAACUCCAAUAGCGCCCGCUACAAACCAAACUCAAAUGUCGCGAACCCCGACUCAAAUUCAGCCUAAAACUAUGUUGACACCUCAAAUAUCAUCGGCUUCUUCUGCAUCCUCAUCAGCAAGAACAUCAAUUCUACUUCAACACUCUCGAUCCACCGCUCAAAUUUCCUCUACAAGACCUCAACGACAAUUUGUAAGGCAUGAAAUCAUAUUCGAAUUUCGUGAAAAUAAAUAUGAUCGUUGGAUAUUUCCAAAGGAUGCGAUACUUGAAGCCACAUCAUCAAUGGCUCCAUUUGAGGUUAUUGCUUCUUUCUAUCUUACACCGCACGAAGAAAAACCGUCCCGUCAGAAACACCAAGCUGUGAUUAUGCAACUGACUCACGUAUCACAAAACAUAUGGGAUGCGUUACGAAGGGCAACGAAUGAAGCAUCAUUGACCUAUCAAUCAAUGCUCCCAAAGAUAGCAUAUAACCCUCCACGUGUCUAUAUGCAUUAUCGAUUACCCUGCGAAUAUCCCGAUGAAUUAUUAGAAGCGAUCGCGCAAAGAGUGUCCAAGCUUGACGGUACACUACAAAUGGAGACCCCUGAACCACGACAAGUCAAGAAGGCUAAAAUUUCUAAACUUCCUGAAGCUUCCGCAACAUCGAAAGCUGGCUCAUCUUCCCCGAAAAAAUCUAAAUCAGUUCCAGAACUAACGGCCACUGAAUCAUCACAUUCUACACAUAGCACAAGUUCUGCGAAUAAGCGGUGUGCAUACUGUGGAUGCAAAAGUACUCCAAUGUGGAGAAGAGGUCCUGAUGGUGCUGGAACUCUCUGCAAUGCGUGCGGCGUCAAAUGGAAACAAGGCAAAAUUCUAAGCGGCACGAAUGCUACAGCACCCAGGAAUCGAGGAAGUGAAGUUACUGCAUCGACAUCUACUACCCAAAGGGGAAAAAGGAAAUUAUCCGUGUCGAUAAAGAAAUCCGGCACUUCUCAUAGUGAAGAAGGAACUUUUACGGACGAUGAAGAUCCGAAUACUGGUAACAAGACGCAAAAGACUAAUCGGGGGAGGAGAAUUUCUAUUUCGAAAAAAGGGACAAAUUCAAAAAGUGGUGAAUCUGCCAUUCAAGUAGGUUCAUCGUCUAUAAGUGGCGGUGGUACAAUACUUGGCGGUGAAUUAGCAGAGUCACCAGACCCAACUUCCCCCGGUAUCACUACUACUUCUGCUACCACCUCAAAUCUUCCUCGUGUUACCACCAACACUACGAUAGAUGCUGACCCUUCGUCGUUAUCAUCAUCAUCAGAAUAUCCAAUCACCCUAAAAUUGAUAUCGAUAGCAUUCGGUCCGAACAACGCGACCUUCCUUCACCCAAAUUGCUCAGUCGAAUUACACGAAAAUUUCAUCAAAAUAAAAUUAGAACGAGAUGGUUACGAGAAAACCACCAUUGAUAUCUGGAAAGAGAGUAUCGAGGAUAUUGAAUUCGAUCGGGAAUUACUAAACCCAGAUCGAAACGAAACUCUCGUGAUUCUGAAAUGCUUGAAUUCUACGACAACAAAGGUGGAUAGUAAUGGCACCACCAAUAUCGAAACUAAAGAAUUGAAAUCUGUUAUUCAACAAUGGUUACAACAAUAA